GUGAGAAUAUGACGUCAUUAUCUGACAAUUUCACAGAUUAUGUACUUUUACCGAUAUACCACAAGCCAAGAUUUGCAGUUGAACACUUUAUGCUUUUCUUAUUCUUAGUAAUGUUCCUUUGCUUGAUAUCGUUUACACUCUUAAACACUCUUUCGAUUUGUAAACAUGAAUACUCACCUGUAAAUACUGAUCAAAGUACAGCUUACAUGAAUGAAAUCGACAUAGAAAUUGACAAUCAAAACACCAUGCUGAAUCAGUGUAAACCGGAGGAGGAAAUAAGAAUGUCUCACAUUUCAUUGGCGGGAUUUCUUCUCUUAAAUCUUUUGAUCAAUGCUGUAGCCAAUGGAUGUCUUCCUCCGGUGCAGACUUAUUCCUGUCUACCGUAUGGUAACGACGUUUACCAUUGGUCAGUGACACUGUCAAACAUAGCCAAUCCGGUGGCCUGUUUCAUGUCGUUUAUGUUUCCCGUUGUGCCCCAAAGAAUCAUAUACAGUGUAUCAGCCGGAGGAUUUGCUACAGCCGCUUACAUCAUGUAUACAGCAUCAUCAAGUCCCGUACCCGUCUUAAACGACCACAAUGUUGGUUCCAUUCUCGUGGUUUUUGCCUGGAUAGCAACCAUGGCACUUCUGACUUUCGCUAAGGUGAGCAUCGCAACGCUAUUCCGCAACGAGGGGAAGGAUUCGCUGAGGAUGUAUGGGAUAGGGUCACAGGCGGGGUCAACACUGGGGGCAAUCAUCAUGUAUAUACUCAUCAACGUCAUCGGGGAGUUUGAAAAUGCCGUACCGUGUCCUACAUAGAACUGUUUGUGCUUUUUGAACAGUCUGGCGUUAAUGAAAAUAUUUGAAUGUGCUCCUAGACAGAAUUAGAUUUGAUUCAACCCGACAAUAGCAUAGUUUCGAAUUAUGUUUUCUCUGACAAAAAUAUCUGUUUAUAUUUUCUCUGAUGAUAUUGAUAACGUAAUCUUCGUCAGGGUUUUCAGUGUGUGGUCGCAGUUUUACUUAAGUAUGGCUUUUAUGAUUAAACAUAAAUUUACAUUAAUUUGUUUUACAAGAACAUAUUUUAAAUUUUUUAUGAGGUACUUGCUUGUGUAAUUGAAAUGUAUAUGUCAAAAAUGUGAGGAAAGCUUUCCGAAUCAUUAUCUAUAGAAAUAUUAAGAAUAUAUUCCUCUAAUAUGUUUCCAUAUCAGUAUUCCAUUGCGAUAGUGGAGGCUAUCACUAGCUCUCCACCUCUGGGUUGCGAGUUCGAAACCUACGUAGGGAAGUUGCCAGGUACUGACCGUAGGCCAGUAUUUUUUUUCCUCCGUGUACUUCGGCUUCCUCCAACCCAAAAACUUUGCAUGUCCUUAAAUGAUCCUGGCUGGUUAGAUAAGACAAUUAAAUUCAAUCCAUUGUUACAUGUAAAUAUAUUUUUUGAUAAAUUAGUAUGUUGUAAAGUGUUUGACAUGUUGCUUGUCGGAAAAUUUUGUUAAAUAAUUGAAACUGAAGAAAGAGGAGAGUGGGGUGGUUUUAUUAAUUAACAAUAUUGAUUAAAUAUUCUAUCAUUUUCACUAUGAGUUUGGUCAGUUUCAUAAUUUCAAUUACCAACAUAUCACCAGUAUUGUAUCUGAGUUAACUUUCUAUCAAUCUGACAUUCAUUUUUCCGGAUAUCCGAUUAUCCGAACAGUCGAUUAUCAUAUCUCCUUUCCCUGUGGUUGAAUCUUUAGACAAGACAGGUUACCCUUACUGCUCUGGAUGGCAUACGAUUGGUCUCCAGUAUAUGUUGUUCAGUGUUCAGCCACCAACCACUACCAGGACAUUCUGCCUCAAAAUGACCCUGGCUGUUUACCCUGUCCAUCGCCCCGAUGGACAGGGUAAGUCCUAACUUAGUCUUUGCCAAAACAUAAUAAAACUUUCCUUUGAUGAAUGUUUUAUUCUAGAAAGUUGGUAAAGUUACAGUACACUAACCCUUUUCAGCAGAUCUAGAUAUUAUAUCACAUAUCAUUAUUGGUCAUCAUGUAGAUCAUCCUUUAGGACACUGAAUAUAGGAUACCUGUAAAUAUAUUACUACGAAGGUCAAGUUCAAGAUCAUUGAAUUAGUAUGAAUACACAUGUCUUGGUAUUUAUCAAUAUUGCCAGAACCAGUAUCGGUGUCCUCUUAAAGUUUUAAUUGUUUUGUAUGAUCACAAAACCGGAUUGUCUCAGAAUAUCAGCACUCGUAAAUCACAUCAGAUUUUUCAUGUUCUUGUACGUUAAAUGGUUGCCCCCUGGUUCGUUGGUUCAGUUACGGUACACUUGUCCUUGUCGGCAUGAAGUACAUCAUGCAAUUAUUAGUCAUCAUGCAGAUCAUCUUGUAGAAUAUUGAAUAUAUUAUAUAUCCGCCUGAAGAAGCCUGAGAGGACAGAAAGGCCUUGCGGCAAAGUCUGCUUUUUUGUUGUUAUUUUUUUUAUAUAUAUAUAUUACUGCGUAUGUCAAGUUCAAUGUCAGUAAAAUGGUAUUAAUGCGCAUGUCAUUGUACUCAUUUGUAUUGUCAGAAACAGUGCGGGUGACUCAUCAAUAUGUUUAUAUUAUGUACAAUCACAAAUUGGAAUUGCCUCGUGAAUAUCAACAAUAAUAAAACACCUCAAAUGUUUCAUAAUACUUUUGUUCGAAAUAUUAACCCCAUUUAAUCAAUUUAAUGCACAACUACAUAGUAAAAGAUUCAAAACACAUACAUAUAUUUGUAAGGGACCAGAUCCAUUCAAUGGUACAAGUCUAGUAUUGAAAAAUACGGGACAAUUAAUCUCCAGUAUUUUAAUUUUCAUAAUAUCGUCUUACAGAUAGAAUUUAUAUCUACAAGUGUACCUUUUUACCAGUGUUUGUUAUUCCUUAACUUCAAACGAAUCCUUUCAAAAGACGUUUUAUUGCUGGCUUAAGAAUUCGUUCAACUUUGACUUAAAUCAAGUUUCUUAUCACCAUCCUUCGUAUAAUUAAAAGUGGGUAAGUCUGCUACGAAAAUUGUUUAUUCUAGAUCCGGAAAAAAUGGAAUAAUUGGCAACAAAGACCAAGAAACAAUGCUUGUAUUAUUUGUGAAUGUCGAGAGGGAGAGACUUUUCUAAAAACAAGUAUUGAAAUAAUUCUAGAUGCAAUUUUAUUCCAUUCUCAUUCGAGAAAAAAGUUUCAUUUUUUUGUUAAUGUAUAAACAAUAAGGCAGUCCGAUGUAAAAAAAAAACUGGAUAAUGAAGUAUUAAUUGUCAUUGAAUUUUAUUAAUAUAAGACAGUAUGUUUACAUAAAUCCUAAGUCCUAAGUAUAUGAAAGAACUCUUACUCUUCAGAGAUGUAUCGCUAACAGUAAAGCAAAUCAGCCAAAACACUAUUUGAGAAGGAAUGGAAAAAUGGAAAGCGCUGGUGACAAUAAUUGUAGAUAUUCAACAGGCGGAGAAGUUUUUCGUUUAAAUUUUAUUUCUUUUUUCAUUUAAUAUAUUUAAUGUGAUAUCCAGCACACCUUAAAAACAGGUAUAUAUAGUUGCUUACUACUACUGCUUACCUGGCGACUGUAUUUAUUUGUCCAUCUCCAUAUACAUGUACCUGUGUACAAAGAAGUCCAUAUUUUGAUGUUAGAUCUAAUAA